AUGGAGUUCAACCAAACAACUCCUUUACCCGACAGGGCGGGUUUCUCCUCAGAGACUGCUAUGCUGGAGGCCCUGAUACCGGGAUAUGCUUUAUUCUCACGUUUCCUGUUGUCCUACCUCCACAUCGAUCUCACAAUUUAUUUGCAACAAUUGGUCCUCCUAGUCGUCUUCGGUGCCUCCAUUAAAUACACUGUUGGCUACAUCUCCGAUUUCGUCAAGGAAUACCUCGUCUCGACAGCAGAGAUCCGCCUGGACGAUGAGACAUUCAAUUAUUUCAUGUACUGGAUUUCACGACAGCCACAUAUGAGGCGUACCAAUCGCUUUGUUGCCGGUGUAAAGUCCAAUGGCUACUGCAGUGAAUCGGAAGAUUCUGACGACGACGACAACCCAGAAAAGGAUGCAGGAGAGUGGGAUGAACCUGGCAGCACCAACGGUGUCUCCUUCGAUGAAUACUGGGCCAAGGUCAUCAGCCGCGACAAAUACAAGCCUUUACGCUUUACUCCAUCACAGGGCCGACAUAUAUUCUGGUAUAAGAACCGGCCCUUGAUGCUAGAGCGAAGGCACCAGAACAGCAACCACCGCUACGUGCUAAACAACGAGCGACUCUAUCUUUCUUGCCUCGGUCGCGAUGCAUCCAUCCUCCGAACCGUCUUGAAUGAGGCACAACAGGCAUAUGUUCAGCGAGAUGGUAAUCGCACCAUCAUCUACCGUGGUCAUCGCUACUACUCCGGUGGUUCAUGGAACUGGACUCGGUGUAUGGCCCGAUCGCCACGCCCUCUGUCCACUGUUGUUCUCGACCCAGAGCAGAAGCAGGGUUUCAUCGACGAUAUCAAGGAAUAUCUUCACCCGCGUACCCGUCGGUGGUACUCGAAUCGUGGAAUCCCAUAUAGGCGUGGUUAUCUACUGCAUGGUCCUCCUGGUACGGGCAAGACCAGUCUCUGCUUCGCUGCAGCAGGUCUGUUCGGCCUGAAACUUUACCUUCUCAACCUGAACUCAAAGUCCCUUGACGAAGAUAGUCUUGCUUCUUUGUUCUCCGAGUUGCCCAACCGAUGCAUCGUUCUUCUUGAAGAUGUCGACACGGCCGGGAUCACACAAUCGCGGGGCAAGACCAUUGCCGAUGUUAAACCCCAAGAUGACGAAGGCGAUGAAGCUGAUAUCGAAGAGAUUCCCGCUGAUGCAGUCGAUGCCGUCGUCGUUGAUGAAGUUGCUGCCACUGCCAAGCCCGACGGAAUCACUCUGUCAGGCCUCUUGAAUGUCAUUGACGGCGUCGCUGCCAGUGAGGGACGGAUCCUUGUGAUGACAUCAAACCACCCGGAAAAGCUAGAUGCAGCACUUCUUCGGCCCGGCCGAGUGGAUAUGAGUAUUGCCUUCGGUUAUACCAGCCAGGAGGCCAUCGAAGAGCUUUUCACCUCAAUUUACAUGGCGAUGGAUGGUGACUCCCCUCGCACAUCUGCUGCCCAGCGCCUGAGCAAUGAAAAUGCAAAGCUUAGAAUUAGCGGUGUCUCCACCCCCAAUUCGCAUAAACGGAGCAAGAGCCAGGAGUUGCUGGAGAAGGAAGAGAAGGAACAAAAAGAGCAACAGUGCUAUCUCCAAGAGCUGCGCUCUCGUAUAAAUAACCUGGCAGAGAGAUUCGCAUCUAUUGUUCCAUCUGAUGAGUUUACUGCCGCUGAAAUCCAGGGAUAUUUACUUAACCACAAGAGUACCCCCGAGGCUGCUAUUAAGGGUGCUGGGGCUUGGGUGCAUGCUCUCCGGGAGAAGAAAAAGGCACGCGAAGAGAAGAAUGUUUAG